CUCCCUUCCGUUUCUUGUCACUUCUUCACCCCUUACACUUUGCACCCUUCCUUUCUGAGUAGCCAGCAGUGCAGUGUGAUGGCCUCAAGUUCACAUUCCCAGAAAUGCCAUGGAUUCCUGCAGAGGCAGAUCUCUUUGCUAUCUUGGCCAUGAGGUCACUGAGCUGCUGCCACUCUUGGAAGAUCCCUCACUUUAUCUGAGGACUUGAGUCAAGGCAGUGCUACAGGAUGGAGCACAGCCCUAAGGCUAACUGGACUACUCAAAUGAUAGCCACAGAAAUGAACUUCUGUGGCCCAAGGAAAAAUAGGACCACCACAAGCAUUGAUCUUUGUAUUAGGUGAUCUCUUUGUCUUAUGACACUGUUCCACUCAGUAUGUGUCCAGCAGGGCAUCCUUAGGAAGGUCUUGGGAUCAUGGAAGCAGCUGUUAUUAGUGACUAAUAAAUUUCUUCCUCCAUGGCUUACAGGUGAGUGAAAUCACUGGGCCGAGGACUUUCCCUCUGGAUCUCUGUCCCCAAAGGAUUGUCUGCCAUCGACAUCUCCAAUAAGCUAUGCACUGCUGGACACAGAUGAGUUAGUUGUGAGACUGUCUUCAUGACUUUGACUCAAAUGUGGAUGAGCCCCAGUGCUUCCCAGAGUUCCAGAGGACAGGUGAUAGCACGAGUGUACAUGUUUCUGCGAGCUACAAGUUCAUGAAUACCAGCUCCCCAUCUUUCUUGCUUUCUUCUCACUGUACUGCCCCAUCAAAACUCAAUUUAUACUUUUCAUAAAAUAGGGUCACAAUCAUAGGAACUGCAGGUGGGGAAUAUCUGAGAAGAGACUGCAGUUGACAUUUUCCCAGGACCCAGCAUUUCUGUUGUGUGAACUGUAGUUCAGAUUGCAUUUGCAGUGUCAGAGAUCAGGAGAAAACUUGAGACUCAGUUGCUUCUCUGUUCUCUUAUCAAACCAUAGAUUUCAGGCAGUUCAUUUGUUAUCUCAAUAAUAGUUAAUAGUUUAAUUUUCUCUUCUCAAAACUUAGGCACAAACACUGAUUUGGUUUCACUUUUCUGUUUUUGCAAGUACAGCAGAUUUAGGAAUGGGACUACCUCCACAGUCCUCUGUGACUGCUCAUCGUCACACUGGGGGUGGGGACAACAGAGUCAGGUGUCAGUCCUGCCCAGCUGCCUUAUAUCUGCUGCUUGCAGGGCCUGAGCACGAGUAGCUUCCAGGAGAAGAGCCUGGACCACAGCAGAGGACGACUCCUGAACCUUGAACUCCUGCGAGCCAGCGACUCGACACAGGGCUUCCUGUCAUGGGUGCAGCUCCCUCAGCUACAUACUCUGAGAGACAAAACCAAGAUUUAGACUCCAGCUUUAAGGCAUAUCUUAAGAACUGCAAGACAGAAAGCAAAAUCAUCUCUCAGGAGACCAUCCGUUCAAUUCAGUCACACUUGGCAAAAGGAGAUCUUCCAGGGGCACACUCUGUGAUCAGUGAUGCAUUAAAAAAUAUUGAUGAUAUCCCACUCAACAUCGCUGUGACAGGGGAUUCAGGAUCAGGGAAAUCCAGUUUAGUCAACACCCUGAGAGGGAUUGGAGAUGAAGGAGAAGAUGCAGCUCCCGUUGGAGCAAAGGACACAACCAUGGAGAGAAAGCCAUACAAACACCCCAAGUUUCCCAGUGUGACAAUAUGGGACUUGCCUGGCUUUGGAACUCCUAAUUUCCAGCUAAAAGGUUAUCUAGACAAAGUAAAAUUUGGUGAGUAUGAUUUAUUUAUUAUUGUUUCUGCUUCAUUCUUCACAAAAUAUGACCUAGAACUGGCCAAAGGGAUCAGAGCUAUGAAGAAGAACUUCUACCUUGUGAGAACCAAGGUGGACUUUGAUUUACAAAAUGAACAGCAAUUUAAACCUACUACCUAUGAAAGAGAAAAAGUCUUGGAAGAGAUUCGAAACAAUUCUCUGAAGGAAUUUUACAAGAAUGAUAUUGAACUCCAAACAUUCCUAAUCUCCAACAAAGAUUCGUCUGAGUUUGAUUUCUCGAUCCUGAUGGACACCCUACUGAAAGAUCUCCCUAAUCAAAAGCGCAACAAAUUCAUGCUUUCUGAGGCAGCCAUUGAAAAAAAGAAGGAAUCUCUAAAGCAGAAUAUCUGGCUAGGAGCCGUGAAGGAUGGAAUUUUGGCUACCUUGCCUAUGGCGUCUGUCUUUAAGGACAAUGAUGUGGAGAAGCUGCAGGCAAGCCUACACCAAUAUCGAGUCUGUUUUGGAGUGGAUGAUGAAUCUCUUCAGAUUUUGGCUAAGGAUUUGCGAGGGCAUGUGGAAGAACUCAAAGCAAUUAUUAAAUCUCCCUAUUUGUUGGACACUGAACAGGAUGAAACAAUAGGGGAAAAGCUUUUGAAAUUUCUGGAUGGGCUCAGCUCAGCUGAUGGAGGUCUUCUUGCUACGGGUCUUUACUUUAGACAAAUUUACUUGCAAUUUCAUUUCCUUGACAUAGUGGCCAAUGAUGCUAAAGUUCUCCUGAAAGAGGCUUAUUCCAGAAAGCAAUUGACUUACCAUUAGACUAAAAUCUUCUAGAUGUUGAAAUCCAGAUUCAUGGAGAAAAGUAGCACAGUGGAUGUCAUAAACAAUAUACUGAGUUUCCUGGGGGCAUCCAGCUUUCAACUGAUACUUACAUACUGCACAUCCCUGGACCAAGGGCCCAGAACAUCUUUGAAUAUGGGCAGAGCUAAAUACCAUGCAUCUACUUCCACAUCAGAUGAUUUUACCUUUGUCAGAAAUUUAAAUGUGGCUGCCACCUUGACAACCAUUUAGCUCUGAUGGAAGCUCUUUGAAACCCAGUUAUACCCCAUCCUCUUCUGCCUUGUAAAGACUUCUCCUUCCUUUGUGGUUGUUUGUGAUGUAGCCUAACUUUCCUGCAUCUCACUGAUCCAAACCUGACACCCUCACAGCUGCUGACCUUGAUAAAGCCUAUUGGUCAGCAGCAGAGUCACACAGGUGAGCUCUGUCUUCUCACCAUCUUCUUAAAGCAGCCAACCCUGAGUCCCAUGAGAAAGCCUGAGGAACAGCACCCAAGGUCUUUAACACAGGCCUGGCCCCACAGGUCCACUCUUUUCCCUUGCUCCUGCCCACUGCUUUAGCUCUAUACCACCUCUGUACUUCCUGUUGACAUCCUCUCUAUACCUCCAGCCACUCUGAAUAUUGCAAGAACUCAGUUUCUUCUGGUUCAUGCAUUUUGGUGUCACCUCCUCCUUGUGUUUCAGAUGACAUAUUUGGAAAUCUACCUCCCCACGCUCCCUCCACUCCUGUCCAAGUCAGGGCUGUCAGAGAGACAACCAUUUUAGUUUAUGGCCACUCUGAACAGUGAGAGCUCAACAACAAAAUAGCAAGAAAUUGUAUCACCAUAGAAAUCACAAAUUUGGAAGACUGUGCUAUGGCAUAGUAGGCUAAGGCUCUGCCUGUGGUACCAGCAUCCCUUAUGGUCCCCAGUUUGUGUCCUGGCUGCUCCUCUUUUGAUCCAGCUCUCUGCUUAUGACCUGGGAAAGCAGUGGAAGAUGGUCCAAGUGCUUGGGCCCCUGCACCCACAUGGGAGACCCAGAAGAAGCUCCUGGCUCCUGGCUUCAGGUUGCCCUAGCUCUGUCCAUUGUGGCUAUUUAGGAAGUGAAUCAGCAGAUGGAAGACCUUUCUCUCUGUCUCUCUCUGUCUAUAAUUGUACUUUUCACAUAAAUAAAUAAAUAAAUCUUUUUUUAAAGUGAGAUUCACAAUCAUCUCCUUUUAAAAAGAUUACAACUUUGAUAAAGUCAUAAGAAUCCCAUUUAGUCAGACUCCUCUCAAGAAAAUAACUAAUGAAAACCUGUAAUUCUGUGCUGAUAGGAGAGGGGAACCCUGUGAAAUCUCUGACUUCUUAUGAUUUCAUGGCUUUUUAUUGUCAAGAUGGUGAGGAAUUCCUUUAAUGCACUUGUGAUACCAAUAGGUGCUUAAUAAAUGCUUUGUGAAAAAAGAUAUUUGCUGUUGUAAUUAAUUGGCCUUUCUCAGUAAACCCUAGAGUGCUUCAUAUUGAUUGUUGUCAGAAUUAUUUUAUUUAGUGAUAAUAUCCUUAUCCAUUCCCUAUUCCAACACUUUAUUUUCUCAAAAUGGAAUACAAUAAACAAUACCUGGGAUAGAAAGACUGUAAGAGACACAAGAUGAAGGGGAAAUGACUCAUUGGUAAGUGAUGGUUUAUUAGUUCAGGCUGCUAUAAUACCAUAUAUUAGAUGUAUCGCACAACAUAAAUGUAUCUGUCACUCUUUUAGAGACUGGAAGUGGGAGACCUGGGUGCAGCAUGGCCAGGUACUUACUUGGGGAAGGCAUUCUUCCUAGCUCUGUCCUUACAUAGCCUUCCUACAUCAUGGGUUCACAGAUUCUCUUUUCUGCUCCAUUUUAUAAGGGCAUCAGUUCCAUCAUAAGGGCCUCAUUCUCAUCACCCAAUUUAACCCUUAUUAAUUUCCAAAAGCCCCACCUCCUAAUAUCCCAUUAGAAUAUUUUGGGUAAACAAACAUGCUAUCCUUAACAGUGUGUUAUAAAAGUUAUCCACAUGAUUCAUUUCCUUUCUGAUUAGAACCUUUGACAGUUCUCAUUUUGGCAACAUCACACACCACGAAACAUUUUUAAAAGAAAUUGUGACACAAGUUGAGUUUCCUUUAUCCAAAAUGUUGGGGAUCAAGAGGGUUUCAGGUUUUGGAUUUGGGAAUAUUUGCAUAUACAUGAUGAGCCAGCCUUGGAUGGGACCCAAGCCUAAAGACAAAUUCGACUUAUUUUUCAUGUACACGUAGGCCAAAAUGGUUUUGUACAGCAUUUUAGUGUACUUAUGUUUUGUCUGUGACCUAUCAUAUGAGAUUAGGCAUGGAAUUUUCCACUUGUAGCACCAUGCCAGUGUUUAAAACAUUUUUUAUUUCAGAGGGUGUUAUGAUAUUUUCAUGUUAGGAAUGCUUAAUCUUUCGAAAAUACCAACAGCACUGUAUUAGUCUAUUUUUGUUACUAUAAUUAAAUACCUGAGAACUUUUAAUGAGAAAAGGUUCAUUUAGCUCUCAGGUUUGGAGGCUGAAAGUCCAAACAGCGUGGCACCUGUUCCCAUGAUGACCCCCCUGACUGCUUCACAUCAUGAGGAAGGUACUACAAUGGCAGGGGAUGAUGAGAUAGAGGGAGAGAGGAAGAGAGGAAGACAGAGAUAGAGAAAUAUCACAUCUCUAGGCAGGGACACAAAGAGUCUGAAAGGUAGCCAGGCUUUCCCUAUGUAACAGUCCUCUCACAAGAACAAACUCAGUGGCCCCAUGAGAACUCCCUUAUUCCCUUCUGAGAGCACACUCCCAGUGAACUGAGGACCUCUGACCUACAAGACCCCACCUCUUAACACUGUCACACUGAGGAUCAAGCUCCCAGCAUACACACCCUUGAGAGACAAACUCAACCCAUAUCCAAACCAUAGCAAACAAACAAAAGUAGUAGAGAAAUGGGAAACUCUACAAUGUGAAAUAAGUGAACCAAAAUAAAAAAUAGAAAAAUAAGUUGAUGGGAAGCAGAAGAGAAAACAAGAACUGGCUUGGCAGUAGGGUGAGGACUUUGGACUAUGGCAUUGUGGUGAUAAGCUCUAGCCUGGGUACGAAAUGUAACAUUAGUUCCAUGACACCUAUUUUUGGUGAUCCUUGAACCCUCAAAGAAACAGUUGCACCAUUUUGUAAGGGCAUGCACCUAUAUACAUAAUAUUGUCAUAUCAAUGACUAUAGGAUAGGCUGGCUUCAAUAGACCAAAUAUUUAAUAAGCAAAAGCAAUGU